AUGACUUCACACGCGAUCAAUGGAGCUGGAGCCCCUUUGCCUCAAGCGAAGACUCUUCUUGUACACAUCGUUGACCAUAUGGCCAAAACAAAGCCGCAAGCUCUAUACGCCGAGUUUCCCGCCUCGCCAGUGACUUACGAUGAAGGAUUUCACAAAGUCACCUAUAAGGAUUUUGCUAAUGCUAUUAAUGGAGUUGCAUGGUGCUUGCAUGAUAAUCUUGGGGUGGCAAAGGAGCUUGAAACUCUAGCUUAUAUUGGCCCCAACAAUUUUAUUUAUCCAUCGCUCAUCUUCGGAGCUGCUAAAGCCGGUUAUAAGGUGCUCCUUCUAUCGCCACGAAAUAGCGUCGCUGCUCAACUUGAUCUCAUAAAGGUUACAAAAUGUAAAACAUUCAUUACCUCUGGUCGACCAUUACCAUCCGUGACAGCAAUUCUAGCUGCUGCCGGUUCUGCACUGCAAACACUGGAGAUUCCAACUAUUGAAGAUCUUUUGACCCGUCCCUCAAAGCACUAUCCAUAUGAAAAGACCUUCGAUGAAGUAUGCGAUGAGCCAUUGCUCGUCAUGCACACUUCGGGGUCAACUGGCUUUCCUAAGCCCAUCAGCUGGACGAAUGGUUUCUGUGCAGCCUACGCAACGUCAUUAUCAUUGAGUCCUCCAGCAGGGUUCGAAAGCAUAGAUAAAAUGUACGAAGGAAAUCGAAUAUUCGUUAUGUUUCCUCCUUUUCAUGCCGCCUAUAUUGCGCAUGUGAUUGUUAAUGGAAUAUCAUUCCAAAGUUCCGUGAUCCUCCCAUUGCAAGCUGCAAUACCUUCAGCACCGUCUCUGUCCGGGGCACUGAAAAACAAUAAAAUUGAUGUUGCUUUCGUCGUGCCAUCAAUCUUGGAGGAGAUUAGCAAGUCACCGGAGCUCUUAGAGCAUAUUUCUACCAACCUCGACACUGUAGUGUAUUCUGGAGGAGAUUUACCUCUUGGUUGUGGCAAUAUCGUGGCAUCUCAAGUAAAACUCAUCAAUUUUUAUGGAACCACUGAAGGUGCAAGUCUUCCUUUGAUUUCUUCAACUGAAGAAACGACACGGGAAGAUUGGAAAUAUCUUCAUAUACAUCCCAACGCGGGUGUAGAAUUUCGCCCCUAUAACGACACAAUAUACGAAUUAUUCAUUGUCCGCGAAAAGAACUUUGAGAAUCAUCAGCAAAUCUUCAAGACAUUUCCUGAUCUUCAAGAAUACCAGACUCGCGAUUUGUUUGUCCCUCACUCCUCGAAGCCGAACCGCUGGAGUCAUUAUGGAAGAUCUGAUGAUAUUAUCGUUCUCGUUAAUGGAGAGAAAACAUACCCUGUUCCUACUGAGCAACACAUUCUAUCUAAUCACCGAGAGAUAAGUGGGGUGAUAGUAGCCGGCUCUCAACGUUUUCAAACCUCGCUGUUAUUAGAAGUCACGAGUAAAGAGGAAUUUACGCCCGCGCGUAAAUUUGACCUGGUGGAGACUAUAUGGCCUUCGAUCGAAGAGGCAAACGCAACAUGCCCAACGCAUGCGCGAAUAGCCAGAUCUCAUAUCCUUUUCGUUCCUUCGGAUCGUCCUAUGGUCAGAACACCCAAAGGUACUAUCAUGAGAGCAGCUACCCUGGCGCAGUACAAAGAAGAGCUUGAUGCACUUUAUGAAACGGCCGACCAAACUUCGAUCGAGUCCAAUACGACUUUAAUCCCACACGUGGAUCCUCAUAACUUCGAGAAUCUGAUCUCGUAUCUGGAAAAUACUAUCUCGACACUUACAGGCUUGACCUUUGACGACGAAGACAACUUUUUCAUAAACGGUAUGGAUUCCUUACAAGCUUUGAUAUUCAUACGGAACUUGAAGCGGGCCUUCAAUCUUCCACAAUUGGUCGUCAACGAUAUCUAUUCAAAUCCAACACUCAUCUCACUCGCCCGAACUUUGCAAUAUUCCUUGAAACAAGAAGAGGAUGUGAGCCCGCUGCUAAUCGCCGAAGAAACACGCGUGAAGAAUAUUGAGUGUUUACUUGCGGAAUAUUGCAACUUAAUCGAUACCAUUCAUCCUUUGAAAAAUAGUCCUAUUUCAUUACCUGCAAUAAAAAGCGGAGGUAUUCUGCUCACAGGCUCGACAGGCGGGCUAGGUUCUUAUAUCUUGCAAAAUCUCUUGACUACAGCUACCACUGCGCAUAUUUACUGUCUUAAUCGAUCCACCGACAGCAAAUCCUUGCAGAUUGAAAGAAACAGGAUUCGAGACCUGCUUACAGAAUUUCCCAAAGAUCGUGUUACAUUUCUUUCAGCCGAUCUUUCAAAGUCUAAGCUAGGGCUCGGGGAUGAAGUCUACAAUAGUCUUUUGCAAAAUGUUACGCAAAUUAUCCACAACGCCUGGCCGGUCAAUUUUCAUAUCAACUUAUCCUCAUAUCAUCCACACCUUCUGGGAGUUGUCAACUUGGCCAAGUUUGCGAGUGAAGCUUCGAAGUCGCCAUCACUUACGUAUAUUUCCUCCGUCAGUGCAGUAUCCAACUUUACCUCCGUCGGAGACUCAGUCAGUAGAAUUCCAGAAGCAGUCAUUCAUGAUGCCUCGGCGUCGGAGUCUAUGGGUUACGGUGAGAGCAAAUAUCUAUCAGAAAGAAUCUUAGACUACGCGAGCAAGAAAAUUCAACUCCAAGUUAACAUUGCACGUGUUGGUCAGAUAGCUGGUCCUAUCCAGGGGCCAUCUGUAUGGAGUCGAGAUGAAUGGUUUCCAAGCUUGAUAAUUUCCUCCUCUUUUGUGGGUGCGGUGCCGGACUCUCUGGGAUUGGAUUUGGACAGGAUUGAUUGGAUACCUGUCGAUGCUUUAUCUGAGAUACUCAUCGAACUUUGCCAAGUUUCACAGCAUGGUGGAGAGAUCGACGGCGCAAAAGUGUUCAAUUUACUCAAUUCAUACCAGGAAGAGUGGGAAAAUCUUCUACCAACAGUUAUGAAAGCACUCUCUUCAGGCAGCAGUACCGAAACUGAAAUUGAGAGAAUAAGCUUCGAGAGCUGGAUUCAGAAGGUGGAAGGGACCGCGGAUCAUCAAUCUUUUCACAACACAGAAGAGACGAACGCAAAGGAAACGCAUUUUAAUCGCUUGGUAGAAUUGAACCCGGCAAUCAAACUAACCCAUUUCUACAGAGCAGAGGAAAGAAGAAAGGAAGGUAAAAAGUGGGAAACUGGAAGAGCGCAGAAGCAGAGUGAAAAGCUCCGGAACUUGGGGAAGAUCGAGAAUAUCUGGUUGGAAAAAUGGAUCAAGACGUGGAUGAACAAUAACUCUAACAAGGCGUAA